GCUCGCCCUUCUUUCGCGAUGGAACCGAGAGUGAUAGCCCUCAAGCCGAAGCACGCUGGUCUCGGAACAGCAGCAGAGUCCAGCCACAUCGCUUCGUCCGGGCUAACGGCAGCAGGCACCGAUAGCACCGAAGGUCCAGCCAUCAUCUCCCAGAACGCCACCGUCACUAACCCGACCGUCACAACCGACGCAGACAAGAAGAGUGCCGCCCCGGGCAGUGUCACGAGCAUGGACUCGAUGAAUAAUGUAGUGACGACGACAACCACCGUGACCGCCAUCGCCAGCACCGUGCAUCAGCUCAUACCGUCUUCCGCCGCUGCCGCCACCAUCACAUCCAUAUCCACCGCCGCCACAGCACCGAAUGGUGGCAAAGUAGCGCCACCGGCAUUCUCACGACUACCACCGGAUGGGCAUGAGUUCCCGCCGAACUUUACCGAACCUUCCACUGCUGUUGCUGCGGACACUGGUGCCAGUGUCAACAGUGUCAACGGGAACGUUCCCAACACGGGUCCGGUGGCCGCGAUGACGCUAAUGAACGGUGCACCGGUACUCGCCAAAUCGCACGACAAACAUUCCAGUUUCAAUGAUGAUCUGCCCGAUCUGCCAAAAAGUCAUCCACCACCGGUACCUCGCAAGAUGACCGGACACACACCCGCCGGGGACACCGGUUUCCGCAAACCACCACCCUUCCCAACACGCAGUUCCUCGAUCGCCGAGUCAAUGCUCAGCCGGAAGGAACUCCCGCAAGCCUACCAAUCGCUGCAGAGCGUGUUCGAACAGCGCCGUCGUUCGGUGGACGUGCCCGAUCAUCAACUUCACCAGGGCAAACCGCCCGCAGCCCCACAGCAAACGGGCCGGAUAUCGCUGGUCGGAUCAAACUGGCGAAAGGAUGAGAAAUCGGAAAAGAGCGUACGGGACAAGAUCGCUAUGUUUUCCAGUGCGGCCGAUGCGGAAGGAGCCGUACUGCCGGUACCACAGCAGCACGCUAGCACAGCUCCGGCAACGACGCCACGAAAGUUUAGCAAAGAUUUCACCAAAAGUUCAGAGAACUUGCUCGGUUCUUCGCGAGACAUUUCCACCUCGAAGAAGUCCGUUGAAGCGAUCGAAACGUACGCGACCCUUCGCAAGAAGGCACACAGUGUGGAGCACCUGGACGAGGUAGAUCGAGGCAUAUCGUCGAUCACGACAAUGGCGACGAUCGCCACCACGGACAACACAACACCGUACAAAGCUAAGUUUAGCUUGGAAACCUCCAAACCGGUUGUGCUCGGUAAGGCGUACAGUGUGGAGAAUCUAAACCCAAUGAACAGGACCGAAUCGAUCAAACCGUUGGUCGGUUCUUCGAAUGGAGCUGGUGGUGUGGAUGGGUCGAAAGUGCUCGCCCGCACGACAAGCUUCUCGGGAUAUUCGAAUGGAAACAGUCUCGCAUCGAUUGGUAGCAACAACAGUGCCACCAGCACGGACGAUCGCUGGAAGUCCUCCAUCUCGAACCUGCUAGAACAGCGCAAAAAGUCAAUGUCGAAGUUGCGCGGACUCGUCAUCCCGGAGAAGGUCCCCGAGACGGAGGUGUUGCCCGAAUCGCGUAUCAUCGGAUUGCCCAUCAUCAAGAGCAAGGAUUCGGAAAUCAUUCUCUCGUCCGGUGUCAUUUCCAAAUCGACCCCCUCCGUUGAACCUCCGGCAGUGGCACUUUCUUACAGUCGCAAAACGAGCACACUUCCAAUGCCACCCAAAACGAGCCUGAGUUCCUUGACAGGACCUUCGCCAGCGGUUGCGCUGAGAUCGUCCACCACACGCCAGCAAAGUGCCGAUCCGAAGAUGUUCGAAUCGGAAUCGGAGCUGGCAGUGCCAACGUUCCGGAAGCCACUUCCACCGAUGCCACCGGUGAAACCUCCCCGCACGUCACUCGUUUAUCCACCGAAAAGUGGAUCCUCGGAUUGUUUGCGCAGCACGGAGGAUGAGAGUGGUGACGAUAGUGAUUCGGUGUUGAGUUCUCGUGUGUCCUCACCACCGGUUUCGCCCGUUGCACCAGCUCCACCCGUAGAGAAGUACGCACUCACGCGUACACUUAGCUCGGAAACGAACACAUCGAUUACGAGUUCGAAUUCGACCCUAACGUCCAGCUCCGGAUCGCAGGCUAGCUGUAGCUCGGUUGGCAGUACACCAACGGUCGACAUUAGCCGAAAGCUCUCAAAGUCUUCCUCAUCUGAAGCGUCCAUGAACCGCAAGAAUGUGCUCGCUUCGGCCAAGUGCCGUAAUGGGCGUGGAGAUCUUAAGAUUGAAGAUGUAGGAGCUUUCGGAAAUGGUACGAAGUCGAAGCGGUACGAGGAUGGGGACAGUACCGAUGGAUACGAGGAGGAAGAACGCAGAAAGUCAAAGUCCAAACCAAGAAGCUCGCUCACGAAUGGUUCGUUGGGAUCUUCGGCUAAACAAACCGCUUACGAGCAGGACAAGAAGGAACUAACCCACUAUAAAGUGGUGGACAGUGUCGAUAGCAUCGUCGAUAAGGUGAUAAAGGUGGCGUCAUAUGUGGAAGUUGUGUCCGAUCUGGAGGAUAACGCGAUCGUCGAGGAUCCGAUCGUUGCAUCGGCAAUCCCGCUACCCUUGGCUGAGAAACCACAGACGACGAUCGUGCCUGAACAACCGAAAAAGAUCUCACGCGAUGCACCAAACGGUUCCGGUUCGAUGUCGGAUCUUGCCAAAUGGGUUCGCCAUGAAGCAGCCCGUACGAUCACCUCCCACAAAGAACCGGAACCAGCGCCAGUGUUUGCUGGAUUGCGCGCGGAGAAGAAAAUGUCACCUCCAAACUUGCCACGAUCGGUCCCAACAGCCGAACCCUCCCCAGCACCAGUUCCGGUUCGACGCGAGCUUCGUUCGUCGGUCGAAACGAAGAAGCUAAAUUUGGCCGAAAUUCGUAAGUCAUUCGAAUCGAAGUCCGCCAACAGUACGGUGAUACCGACACCGGUUAAACAGCCUGCGAGAGAUACCCCGGUAGUAGCACAGCAAGCUACCGUGCCGAGCACGGUCAAUAGCCCUCCGGUACAUGCGACACCAAAAACCACAAACGGGCACGAUCGUUUCUCGUCCUGGGAUUCGUUGGCGUCCUCCUCGUCUGGAGUUUCCUCGCUCCAAACGAACAGUCUCGGGCUGGGCAGUGUCGCUCCGAACUGUACCGGAUCGUCGCAAACGCUUCAGAGUACACCUUCGGAUUAUGGCAGCUUUUCGUCGCUGGGAAGUAGUCACAGUUUGAUCACACCGCAGGACUUGCAGUUGAUCAUUGAAGAGGCAGAUCCACCGUUAGCGACGCCGGAAGCGUUUGUCGUCGUGCUGCAGCGUGAAACGCCCGAGAGCAGCAUCGGAAUCACGCUGGCCGGUGGUUCCGAUUAUGAGGCGAAGGAGAUUACGAUCCAUAAAAUUCUCACCAACUCACCCGCUGACCGGGACGGACGGUUGAAGAAGGGCGAUCGUAUCCUUUCGAUCAACGGGCUCAGCAUGCGAGGCCUCACGCACCGCGAGUCACUCAGCGUACUUAAGACACCACGACCGGAAGUGGUCAUGGUUAUCACCCGAUCGAAGUCUCUCGUACUCGAUACGCUAACGAAGCUAAAGCGACCCUCGAUGGGUUCGCUCAGUUCGCUGGCGGAGAAGAGUGAGAUUGCGACGGAGUACGAGCGGAAGCUCAAGAUCCAACACAAAGCGUCCCGUUCGUUGGAUCUCGACCAUAUGGAUGUGGCAUCGAAUGAAGCUGAAAGUGUAUUCGAUGGUACCGCAUCCGAGGAUGGUCUCCUGUCGGCAGACGAUGUGUCCAAAUGUUCCUCUAGCAAUGCUACUGACAACGCGUCCUACUCCACCGCGGAAGUCCCGGACGGUUGUCGCAUGGUCGAAAUCAACAAGGACGGUGCCGGUCUCGGCUUCUCCAUCGAGGGUGGUUACGAUUCACCGACCGGCAACAAGCCGUUAAUCAUCAAGAAAAUCUUCAUGGGUGGUGCCGCCGAAAAAUCAGGCCUGCUGCAUGCCGGCGAAGAGAUUGUUGCCAUUAAUGAUAUCUCGAUCGCGAAGAUGACGCGGAUACAGGUGUGGAACAUGAUGAAGAAGCUCCCGAACGGUGGCGUACGCAUUACGCUCAAGUGAACGUGGAUCUGGGGAGCGUAAGAAGAAAGAAACGUUCCCCCG